UUAAUGCCGGCACAGUGCUGUGCAUGGACGGCAAUAUUCUUUUACGAGUUUCAAUACGUGUUUUCAAAUUUGGCCGGCUCAGUACCGACACUAAACGGUCCCGAACAAGUGUGAACACACGCAUUAAAACGUGACAGAAUAUUAGCGUCCGUGCACGGAACUGAUUCGGACCGGGAAGGUGUAAAAUGACCUAAAUAUCGGUGUCCGUGCAUGGUGCCGUGCCGGCACUGAACCGAAUCGGAAAGGUGUGAAUAGUCCUUUUAUCAUAGCCCUGUUUUUUAAUGUUGCCCAAUUUUGUUAAUCAAUGGAGUAUGGAAAUCAAAAAUCUUACUAUCCAAAAAUACUGUGAACAUUACAAACCACUAAUGGUUGAAGAAAUAAUUUUAGUGGAACAUCCCACUAAGCUGCACUAUGGUAAAUGUUCCGUUAUUGGUUAUCUAGUAGCAAACAGAACAUCGCUGGAAUCGCUGAUGGUUCCUGAUUUACCCGAGGACCUUCAACUACCAGACGGGAUGUGCCAACUAGAUUUAAGCUUCGAUAAUUACUUAGGCUCAGUGCCUCGCAAUUGUACCGUUCGCUUAUAUGGAAGUUUGAAAAUGAAAGGCCCAACCGGAACUACCAUGAAUUGUUCCAAAGAUUUGAUUGCUUCCCUGCAAGAACUACGAGCCAGUUUGGAACAAGACGCUGUUGGUUCUAAAUUUGUUGAACGAAGAUUGCAGAAGGAGUUCGAUGUAAUGAGUUAUAAUUAUCAUCCCAUACUAGAUGUCGAAGGUUGCGAAGUUUUACCACAGGCAAGAGAUAUUCUUAGUUGCGAUCUGCGGUUAAGGCGAAUAAAUAAGCGAUUGGAACCGACUUUACAAGAAUUACAAAACAAUUUGGGUUAGUUUUGUUUAUUUCAAAUAUAUGAAUGCGGGAAAAUGAGUAACUAAAAUAAUAAAAUCCAACAAACAUGUA